AUGACCAGCGGAAUGUCUCACGAUCCUUACGACGACGACCAUGCGGUACUCGAUGACGACUUUCUCAAUGAUGAGGUUGAACCCGACGAGCCUGCAUCUACUUCCGAUCGAGCUCCACUGACAGGCAACAUCCAAUCCUCCUCAAGCGCACCCUUGAACCAAGGAUACCUCACCUCAGCGAUACCCGGUGAGGACCGACGAUCACCUCAGAAUACAAUAGACGAGAGCGUCUGGGACACCGUGUCCCGAGAUCUCUUUGCGGUAUGGGAAAAGAUGAAGCAGGUGCUGUGGCCUAAAUAUUUGCUCGGAGGUAUACUGCAACGACAAGGCAGUGGUACGGGAGACACCGAAAGUCAAGGCUUCGGACGAGAUCUCCGAGGCCUGGUAGGCCGAUGGCCAGAUGCAGACGGUAUUCUGCAAGGCGGAAUGAGCGACAGCCUUCGAGACUGGGAUCUGUGGGGCCCUCUGAUUUUCUGCUUGCUACUGAGCCUGUUCCUUUCGAUGCACAAGGAGGGCCAGAGCGAUCUGAUUUUCUCUGGGGUCUUCUGCUUGGUCUGGAUUGGCGAGGCUGUGGUUACUGUCCAGAUCAAGUUGCUGGGCGGCAACAUUUCGUUCAUGCAGUCGGUGUGUCUCAUCGGAUAUACCCUGUUUCCUCUGACGAUUGCUGCACUGCUCAGUGCUUUCGGCCUUCCCGUGAUCGCACGCAUUCCGGUCUAUAUUGUGCUUGUCGCAUGGUCACUGGCAGCAGGAGUCAGCAUCCUGGGCGGAUCUGGGGUGGUCAAGAACCGGGUCGCCCUGAGCGUGUACCCGUUGUUGGUAUUUUAUAUUGGACUAGGGUGUCUCUGCUUCAUCAGUUAG